GAAUAAAUUGCCACGUCUCUUUUCCUUCCUAUGUUAUAAAUAUCAUUCCUCAUCGUAUACAAUUCUUUAUACUACAUACAAUAUACUCCAAUUAUAGUGAAUUAAUUCAACUUAAAUGUAUUUCAAAAUGCUUCUCUUUUCAGUUUUCACAUUGAACAGUUGAGCUUUCCAGUUCAAUUUUUUUUUUCUGUCUUCCUCUUCUUUUUUAGUUUUUGUUUUAGUGUUAAAAAGUUUGAAUAUGUCAAGAAUGGCUUUUAGUUGUUUUGGUUCUUUUAGACAGUGCAAGGACAACAGAGGAACUCAGGUACAAGGAUUACAGAGUGCCACGAACAAUGUGAGGCUGUUUUCUUAUAACUCUUUGAGAUCAGCAACGGAGAAUUUCCAUCCAUCAAAGAAAAUAGGAGGAGGUGGUUUUGGAGUUGUCUAUAAGGGAGUUUUGAGGGAUGGAAGGACUGUAGCUAUCAAAUGUCUUUCCGCUGAAUCCAAACAAGGGACCAGUGAAUUGUUGACCGAGAUUAAUAUGAUUUCAAAUAUCCGACAUCCAAAUCUUGUUCAGUUGAUUGGUUGUUGCGUCGAAGAUUCAAAUAGAAUAUUGGUGUAUGAAUACUUGGAGAAUAACAGCCUUGCAAGUGCUUUACUAGGUUCUAGAGGGAAACAUGUUCCGUUAAAUUGGACCAAGAGAGCUGCCAUAUGUUUGGGUGUAGCAGCUGGUCUAGCGUUUCUUCACGAAGAAGCAGAACCACCAAUUGUUCAUCGGGAUAUUAAGGCUAGUAAUGUCCUUAUUGAUGAAAACCUUCAUCCUAAAAUUGGAGAUUUUGGACUCGCUAAGCUUUUCCCUGACAAUAUCACUCAUGUUAGUACUCGAGUUGCUGGAACAAUAGGAUAUCUUGCUCCCGAGUAUGCCUUGCUAGGCCAGCUCACAAAAAAAGCCGAUGUCUAUAGUUUCGGAGUUCUUGUUCUCGAAAUUGUAAGUGGCAGAAGCAGUAGCAAUGCAGCAUUUGGAGAAGAUCUCUUGGUACUAGUGGAAUGGACAUGGAAACUUAGAGAAGAAGGGAGGCUUCUUGAUCUUGUUGAUCCGGAGCUGACAGAGUAUCCAGAAGCCGAAGUGCUGCGCUUCAUCAAAGUUGCUCUCUUUUGUAUUCAAUCUUCUUAUAACCAAAGACCUAACAUGAAGCAAGUGAUUGACAUGCUGUCUAAAGAGGUCAAGCUAAAUGAGAAGUUGUUAACCAAACCAGGAGUCUAUCGACCACAUAGCUCUAAACAAUCGAGUUAUGGCAGUCUCACUACAUCCUCCAAGGGAAAGAAAAAAGGUGUAAACUCCACAAAUCAUUCUGCAACAACAGAUUUUCAUAGUUUUCAGUGUGUUUCCGAGAUGAUACCGAGAUAAGUGCAGCGACAUGCUAUUCCAUUCUAAUGUUUCUAUGUUCUCACAUACUUUAGCAUUUGUAAAUUAUCCUCUACUAGCCUGGGAAAUGCAAAGUGAGAUAGAUGGGAAGUCCCACUAAACUCAUGGCAUUGGAAAGAAUGCAUGUAUUGGCCCUCCUUAGAUCUUAGAGUAGCCAUUUGUUAACUUCUCAUGUAAGAUAGAGCUAUGAGUAGCUGAGAAGGACGGAUAGUAGUGGUUCGAUUUUUACUACCGAUAUCCUAGUUGCAUAUUAGUUGGAAGGUCUGAGAGUUCCACUAGAUACAUUCAAUAUUUAUGAUGACUAAGAAUAGUUAUCGUCCAAGUUUGAUAUUA